AUGGAGGAGAUCUCGUUGGCCAACUUGGAUACUGACAAGCUGGAAGCCAUCGCCCAGGAGAUCUAUGUAGACCUGAUAGAGGAUUCCUGCCUGGGACUCUGCUUUGAGGUGCACCGGGCGGUCAAAUGUGGCUACUUCUUUCUGGAGUUCGCAGACACGGGAAGCGUGAAGGAUUUGGGCAGUCAGCCAGUGGAAGACAAAGGAGCAUGCGGCCUCCCGCUUUGCUCCUUUCCUGGAGAACCUGGGAACCGGCCCCAGCCAGAGCUGCAGCGGUCACCUCCAGAAUUCCAGUAG